UCCGAACACAAGCACAGGCCGCCGCUUUGCCGGUUUCAAACGCCAUUGGAAUUCCUUUUGGAUUCGCAUCGCCCACAAAGAUUCUAAUCACAAACUCUAACGACCAGUUCAAGUCCACAAACACACGCACAUAUAUCCAAGCACUCUGCACAUGGAAGUCGCUGCGCGCAGCCGGCUCGACAUGAAGGUUAAAACCGAGGAGGAUUCCGGCGAUGUCCGAAUGGGCGACGACAAGCCCACGUACCGGUCUUGGAAGAAGAAAUACCGCAAGAUGCGCAUCGUGUUUGACCAAAAGAUGCACGAGGGCGAGGAGCUUUAUAAGCUUGAACAAAAGGCUCUGGCCACGGCGAAGAGGCUCGCGGUACAAAAAGAUCGAUUGCUAGAUAUUCUUCUCGAUGUCAACAACUCCGGCCAAAUACCGCCGAGCAAGAGGAUAGACCUCAGCCUCGACCCGCCCUCCGACGAUGACGCGCCUUGCCUGGACAUCGAUCGGCCAUCGGCCCCCCCGCCCGAACCGAGGCCGGAGAAGUCCUACAAGAAGCUCCUCAAAGAGGUGCCGCAUUUUACCUUCGCGUCCGCUGCCGAGCGCUUCCCAGAACUCCUCGCCGACCUCGAAGCCGGCCGAGACUCGCCCGCGGAUCCGGCGCAGGGCCAACCACACCCACCUUCCUUCCUUACAGCCGACGACAUCGACAACUACAUCUGGGAACUCGACAUUCACCUCGCAAACGAGGACGCCGCGGCGGGGCCCGGCAAGACGGACACGGCUCCGCUCCCCACGCUCGCCCCGCUCGCGCGCGCCGACCGAACUUCCAAUCCCAAAGACUCGCAGCGCGACUUCGCCGCGCGCAACCCGACCUCGGUUUACAACUGGCUGCGCAAGCACGCCCCCAAGACGUUCCUCCAGGACGGCGAGCACGACAAGGACGGCGGCAGCGGCGGCAGAGAGAACGGCGACGACGGCCACGCCGUCGGCUCCAGCCGCCGGGUCAAGGGCGAGCGCGCGUCCCGUGGGACCGGCGCCCCGCGAGCCAAGCGCGCCAGCGCAGCACAUAUCCGUACCACAGGCGCGUCGGGCGAGAGCUUCGAGGACGUCGAUGACGAACACGGCUACGCAGGCGGCCCGGGGACGCCGAGUGCUCCGGGAUCUGGCAGCGCGGCGGCCAAAGGCAAGCGAAAGAGAGUCGUGGACGACGAUCCCGGGUACAGGCCCAAAGGCGGCUCCAGCCGGCCGACCAAGAAGAAACGCAAGAGCGAGGGGCCCGAGCGGAUGCCGACGGCCAAGGCAGCGUCGCGAAAGAGCGAAGGCGCUGGCUGAAUGGGGUAUAACUUGGCUUCUGACAGGAGUUCUUGGGUAAAGGGACUCGAAAAAAGAGUGGAAGGAGCUGCGCCCUGCUGAAUCGACGUGUCAAAGACUGGUCACCCGA